UCUAGUACACUCUUCAACAAUGGCCACAGUCAGUACAUUCUCACUCAUCUUCAUCUUCAUUACUCAUUUCUUCACCGGCAAUGGGGAUCAAGUUACCCAUAGAGAAACAUUCGAGAUAGUCACUUACGGUGGUGGUGGUGCAUUGCCAUCCCCAACACCGGAAGAUAAUCAUUAUUGUCCCCCUCCACUUCCCCCUCCUUGCCCACCUCCCCCUCCUCCAUCGUGCCAACCAAUGUCUCCACCACCACCACCGCCACCUCCCCCACCACCACCACCGCCACCACCUCCCCCACCACCACCGCCACCACCUCCCCCAUCCCCAUCGUGCCCGGAACCAACACCACCACCACCUCCCGCAUCAUGCCCACCACCAACCAUGCCACCACCACCACCACCACCACCAACCCCAUCACCACCACCACCAUCACCUCCACCACCAGUACUAAAAAAAUCACCACCACCACGAACCCCAUCACCACCACCACUAUCACCACCACCACCAAGUACCAAAAAAAUCACCACCACCACCAUCACCUCCACCACCAGUACCAAAAAAUCACCACCACCUCCACCACCAACCCCAUCGCCACCACCACCAUCACCUCCACCACCAACACCGUCGAGGCCACGAAAACCAGUUUUCGAGAGCAAGCGGCUAGAGAUAGUCUACGACGUAAUUCAAACCUUUAAAAAGAAAGUGACACACGACCCCUUAGGAAUAACAAACACAUGGAAAGGGGGAGAUAUUUGCAAUUACAAAGGGUUCAUAUGCGACACCGUACCCGAUUUCAAACAAAAAGCCCUUGCCGGCGUCAAGUUCAACAACUUUAACUUCAACGGCCCAAAUCUUACCCUCAACGAAUUCCUCAUCGGCUUACCGGACAUUGUUUUCUUCCAUGCAAACUCCAACAACUUCACCGGCACCAUACCUUCUGACAUCAAAAACCUACGCUACUUCUACGAGCUCGACCUCAGUAACAACAAUUUCUCAGGUAGAUUCCCAUACGAAGUCCUCGGAGCCAACAAGUUACUCUUUCUCGACCUCAGGUUCAACACAUUCGCUGGCACAGUUCCUGCACAAGUCUUCGGUCUCAACCUCGAUUUGCUCUUCAUCAACAACAAUAAUUUCAUCCAAACCCUCCCCUACAAUCUUGGUAAAACGACGGCGCUUUACCUAACCCUAGCUAACAACAAAUUUGUGGGUGGGAUUCCUCCGAGCAUUGGUCAAGCUUCCAAUACCCUACUCGAGGUUCUUUUCUUAAACAACCAGUUAACCGGUUGUUUACCAUACCAGAUCGGAUAUUUGAAGAAGGCCACUGUGUUCGACGUCGGAUUUAAUAUGUUGCAUGGCCCGAUUCCACACUCGUUUCAGUGUUUAAUGAAAAUGGAGCUUUUGAACUUGGCAUAUAAUAAGUUCUCAGGUGUGGUGCCGGAGGAGGUGUGCAGCCUUCCGAAUCUGUCGAAUUUUACGCUUUCCUAUAAUUAUUUCACUCAGGUUGGUCCACAGUGUCGAAAGCUAAUCCAUAGCGGGAUACUUGACAUGACAAAGAACUGCGUUAUAGAUCUUAACAACCAGAGAACAGAUGACGAAUGUGAGGAAUUCUUCUCGAGAAAUCAUUAUGUAUGUCCAAACGAAAAGUUUCUCACAACUCAUGCACCUUGCAACGAAGGGUUGUCGGGUGCUCAAGUUAAGUCGUCGAAUAUUCAAGGGAGAGUGCCGGCGCCGGUGCAGGCUCCACGAAGGGGAAGUUAUGGAGCUCUUUCGCCGCAUUAACUCAUAUUGUGGGGCGUGUGUAUAAUA